GAUUGAUUCGAUUGACUUGCCAUCGACUGGUGAAUCACAAAUUCACAACAGUACUAAAAUUAUUAAAUAUUGUAUAGUUUAAUUCAGACAGAAUUACAUUAUAUUUAUUAUUUUACAAUUAAGUUAGUUAUGAAAUGAACAAUCCUGCAAUGAAUUCAGCUACCCCAGGUGUGCCUCAGGUGCCGCUCCUGGACGACGAUACCAUCGCCUUCGGCGAGGAGGACAACGCCAACAAAGAUUUUAUCCACCCUUACAUAGUAUUUUUCCACUUGGUGUUCCGGAGCGCUGCGGUGGUCGUGUACAUACUCUGCGGCUGGUUCUCCGACUCGUUCAUUGCGAGCUUCGUAUUAGUCAUUCUCCUGCUGUCUGCUGAUUUCUGGACUGUCAAGAAUAUUAGUGGUCGUUUACUGGUCGGAUUGAGAUGGUGGAAUUACGUAGAUGACGAUGGCAAGUCCCAUUGGGUGUUUGAAGCCAGACAGAAUCGCGUGAAUAGAAAUGAAAGUCGCCUAUUCUGGAUGGGGCUGAUCUUAUGUCCGCUUAUCUGGUCCGGCUUCUUCAUCAUCUGUUUAUUUGGAUUGAAGUUCAAAUGGAUGUUGCUUGUACUAAUCGCGCUUACAUUGACCGGCGCGAAUCUGUACGGCUACUUGAAAUGCAAGAUUGGAGCUAAGCAGAACUUCGGCACGGCCACCACUGACUUUGUAAAGAAGCAACUACUGCAGAAUGCCACCUCGUUUAUGUUCUCACAGCCCGCUCCAGCGACCACCGGAAAUGCUGGAGUUGUCUAAUAUUAUACUAGCUGUACCCGCGACUUCGUCCGCUUGGAAUUUAACAAUAUUUUUCUAAAAUAAAAGUAGCCUAAGUUACUCCUUAUUACAUCAGGUACCAAUAAAAGUCCCGUCAAAAUCUGUCCCACCAUUUCAGAGAUUAGCCCGAACAAACAGACAGAUAGACAACAAUUUUAUUUAUAUGUAUAGAUGUAUAAGGAAGAGUCAUAUUAGAUAAAUGAAUUGUGUUACAUAAUUAAAAAUUAUAAGAAUUUGUCUUCAAUCAAUAAAGAUAUAUAAACUGAUGAUACAUGAGAACCUCGGUAGUCUAGCGGUUUAGCACGCUGCUUCACUUCCGAUAGUCGCGGGUUCGAUUCCUCGUACGGUACAAACAUUUGUAUUCAUGAGUACGCUUGUUUGUAUAGGUAGGUACGAUUCCAGUAGCGGUGGCCAGGAUUCCGCACUGAAUAUUUGUGGUCUCACACAUGCUAAUUGUAGCGGAAUUAAACAAAAUUAUAUAAACCUAUUAAGUUACAUAAUGCAUUUGAUUAUAUUGUUACAUUCCAAUAUAUCGCUGAUUAAACGCCAAAUGGGCUCAACGCAAAAAAACUAACUAUAUUUUUUCCAAAAAUGGUAUCUAAAUCGUUAUAAUUUUUAUAUUAAAAAAAAAGACUCCCAUGAUUCAAGAGCUAACACAUAGAUAUACCACUAAUAGAUUUGUAAAAAAAUUAAAAACAUCACAGUGAAAAUUUUGAUGAGUUCUCCAUUAAAAUUUACUGUUUGCGUCAUGUGGCCCUGGCAAUUAAUCAGAAAUUUACCGUUUGCGUUAUGUGGCCCUGGCAAUUAAUCAGAAAUUUACCGUUUCCGUUAUGUGGCUCUGGCAAUUAAUCAGAAAUUUACCGUUUGCGUCAUGUGGCCCUGGCAUUUAAUCAGAAAUUUACCGUUUGCGUUAUGUGGCUCUGGCAUUUAAUCAGAAAUUUACCGUUUGCGUUAUGUGGCUCUGGCAUUUAAUCAGAAAUUUACCGUUUGCGUUAUGUGACUCUGGCAUUUAAUCAGAAAUUUACCGUUUGCGUCAUGUGGCCCUUUGGCAUUUAAUUAGCGAU